GAGUCGUUCGUCGACACGAUCGAAAUCGUCAACGGCGACACCAUCCACGGCUUCGCACACUACUGGGUCUCCGGAGUCUGGGAGCCGGGCAACGGCCUCUCAACGUCCACGCUCCAGGAAGUCGAAGACGGCCCCACCGACUUUUGGGUGUGGCCCUUUGAUGUGCGCCUCCGGCAAGACGGCUGCAUCGUGUGCCCGUGCGAGAGCGCGCCGUGCGACACGUGUCAGUACGGUUGCGAGCUCGGCGUCUCCGGCACCUUCCAGCGCUCCUCCGUCGCCAACCAGGACCCCGUCUUCUACCUGCACCACGCGUUCACGUUCGUGGUCGUCGAGCGCGCCAUGCGUCGCCAGGGCGAAUACGCCGCCAAGGGGGAGGGGGGGAACCACCAGUCGCCGCCCUUCUACGGGCUCGACGAGGACUUCAACUACGGCGAGAGGGAAAGGGAGUGCCCCGGGAACAACCUGGACGAAGGGAGCCCCUUCAACCACCUCGGGGCGUAA